ACGCACAUUGUUAAGUAAGUAUUUAGAAAUGUCGGUUUUAAUCGUUGUUAAUCUUGUUUUGUCUUUAGUUUUUAAAGACCAUUUCGCAGCGGCUCAAGACGUGGAGUCAGUUAUUCUUUAUGGUGAUGAUGCGAAGAUAGAAGAUUAUCCUUUCUACGCCGGCCUUAGCAAUUGUGGUGCUGCUGUACUUUCCCACAUUUGGAUAUUGACGGCCGCUCACUGUGUAGAAAAAGUCAAUCGACAUGAAAGAAAUUACGUUUGGGUUGGUGGGGAGUCUUUUGCUAACAGCGUGAGAGUACCAUAUGAAAGUAUCCAUAUUCAUCAGGGGUACCACAAUCUAAAAGGAAUGCCAGUUAAUGAUAUCGCCUUAAUACAACUUUCUCACCCUUUACAAUUCACUAAAAAGAUUCGACCAGUCAAAUUGCCCAGUGGAUUAAAAUCGAACACAAGUCUUAGUCUUAGUUUCGUUGGUAGAGGAAUUGAUGAGACUGGAACUCUCUCAAAAAAUAUAAAGACAGUGGAUCUUAUCAGAUUAAAUACAAGAGAUUGUAUCAGAUUAAUACCGCCCGCGUUCUCAGAAUACAUUAUGUUUUAUAAAGUUUUGGAGUCCACAAACAUUUGCAUAAAAAGAGAAGGUGAAAGGCCAAGCAUUUGCAAGGGUGACUCUGGUAGUCCUUUAGUAUCUGGUGACACUAUUAUUGGUCUCGCAUCGUUUAUAGGUAACCUUGGUUGCAACAAUGUUCGUUUGGGUUUCUUUGUAAAUGUUGCAACUUUUGUGCCAUGGAUAAAAUCAAUCACUGGACUUUAACGAAAUCAAGACUAUUUAUAUUUAAUAUUUUUUUUUGUUAAAUAUUAUCAUUAAAAAAUUCGCAUAGAGAUGAGUAAGUUUUCUUGAUUUCGUACAAAUUAUAAUAUAAAUUAAUUUUGGUAGGUUUUACUUGAUUUAGUAACAAAAAUACACGUGCACAAAUACUCACUAACGGUUUUGUAAUAACAAAAGCCUGGUACAACUGAACAGUAACAAAUAAUACAUAGAAAAAAAAGGCUUGUAGUGAUACAAUUUAUGUUACGUAUGUGGCCAACUGCCGAAAAUCGCGAGAAAUAAAAAACUUAUUACCACAUAA